GUUAAAACAUGCACCUAAUCUUAUAGGUAGGUGCUUAAGGCAUCAUAUGCAGAUAAGUCAUGUCUUACAACUUCCAUGCUCCAACAACCCCAAAACAAUAAGUUACCUACCAACCUGCCAGCCAGCCUGCCUACUUACCUAAGGUACGGGUAAGAAUGAGAACCCCUGGAUGUUAGAGCUUGAAUUUGGUCCCUUCCUACCUUACAUUGAAAUCCAAACUUCACAAGGCGAGUAGAAACAACCUAUUUUACACACGAUUCUAUCCUCCUAUAACUUGAAAGCACAAGUCUGAUUUCGGUUAUUAUUCCAUAUAAUGGGCGCACAAUGGUCUCAGGUUUUCCCCCCUAAGCCUACCUUCAUAGAAGGCAACGUGGGCCCCCAAAAUGGCAAAGUAUUUCUCGUCACCGGCGGGUACUCGGGGAUAGGACUCGAGCUUGCGAAGAUGCUCUAUAAAAACCACGGUAGCGUGUACAUCGCCGGUCGCUCCGAGGACAAGGCCCGCCAGGCAAUCAAUGACAUACGAGCCGGUGCGCCCGCCUCCCAGGGCAGCCUCGAGUUCCUUCGCCUGGAACUCGAUGAUCUGAGCAGCAUUAAGGCUUCUGUGGAGUCUUUUAAAGCAAGAGAAUCAAAGCUUCACGUCCUCUGGAACAAUGCCGGUGUCUCGCGACCGCCCGUUGGUAGUGUCUCGAAGCAAGGGAUCGAACUACAACUAGCGACUAAUUGCCUUGGGCCAUUCUUGUUUACGCGACUGCUUCUACCCUUGAUAGAAGAGACCGCCUCUACCGAGCCGCCCGGCUCUGUCCGCGUUAUCUGGACUUCCAGCCAGAUCGUUGAGCUCUCCGCACCCCCCGGAGGCUUUGAUAUGUCUGAACUCCAAACGCCUUCCAAAGAUCAACUCCGAAAUUACAUAAUCUCUAAAUUUGGAAAUUGGCUUCUGGCAUCGGAAAUGGCGAGAACAGUUGGUCGCACGUCGGGAGUCGUCAGUGUGGCCUUGAAUCCCGGCUCUGCUUACUCGAACCUCUUCCGACAUACACCGUCCCUCUAUUUUUUCGCAUGGCCUUUGCUCUAUGCACCAAAGAUGACAGCGUAUACGGAGCUUUACGCUGGGUUGUCAAAGGAUAUAGGCUUGAAGACAAAUGGGUGCUAUAUCGUGCCCUUUGGAAGAAUUGCGAAGGAGAAUGACAUCAGACAGGACCUUCUAGAAGCACUGAAGCAGAAAGAAGACGGAGGCUCUGGAAAAGCGAAGGAGUUUUGCGAUUAUUGCGAAGAUAAGGUCCGUGACUAUUUCUGAGUUAAUGUGGAAGUAGUUCCACUAUAUUAUAUGUAACCUACCUAGGUACCUACCUUAUGGUAGUUAUUAUUAGAUAAUUCGAAGUUAUGAAGACCAAGACACAUGUGGUUUGACUUCCUAAUCCGCAUGAAGGUAUUGUCAUCUAAUUGUUCAAUUGUCUUUUCUCAUGUAUCGGCUUGGAAUCUUGUCGACAUAUGUCUUGUGCCUUGCUUUAAUGUUUGCAGGUUUCUUUACUCUCCCGCCUCGGAGUUUCAGAGCAUGGCCGGCGGCGUUUGUAUUUACUAGAAAUGGUCUGAGCAAGAAAGCCUUGGUACACCAAUAUGAUAGGUAUUCCAC